UAUGUUCAAAAAUUAAGAGGAGGAGAGGAAAAUAAACUUUAAAAAAAAAUUUCACUCAUACUUAUAUAAUACAUAAAGGAGAACUUUAUUGUUUUACUAAUGAAAAAAGGUGUGUUUUUGUUUUUGAACAUUAUAGGAAUAUAUUCUGCUCUAUUUUAGAGUGUAAGCCGCGCUAUUUUUCUUUGCAACGUUUUGUGAUUUUGUAAAAGAAAACAAAAUAUUUUGCUUUAUUUUUAUUUAUUUAUUUUUUUCUAAUAUAAAAGACAAAAGAAAUAGAAAAUAUAAUAAAACAAAAAAAAUACAUCAAUACAGUAAGCAAAACACCUGGCAUCGUAUAAAAAAAAAACCAAUAAACACCUUUUUAUAGAAAAUGUCAAAGAAGAACGAUACCAGUACCAAAUUUACACCAACAGAAUUCCAAUUUUAUUCACCCAAAGAGAAACAAUCAUUCGGUCAGAUACUCUACAACAGUAAAGAUGGCACAUAUUUGGGACGUACGCCCGCCAGUUGGGCAAAAAUUUUAAUAUUCUAUGCCAUCUUCUAUACCGUAUUGGCGGGUUUAUUUACGAUAUGCAUUCAAGGUUUAUUCUCAACUCUUAAUGAAACAGAACCUAAAUGGAAAUUGGACAAAUCUUUGAUUGGCACAAAUCCAGGUAUGGGUUAUCGUCCGCUUAGCGAUGAAACCGAACGCGGUUCUGUGAUACAAUUUGAUACCAAAAAGCCUGAAGAAGCCCAAUAUUGGAUUCAACUUUUAGAUGAUUUUCUUAAACAGUAUCAAGGGGAAGGAAAAGGUGGAAAACAUUGUGAAUUUAAUCAAACUCAUAAACCUGAAGAUGUCUGUGUGGUGGAUGUAGAAAAAUUCGAAACUUGUUCGCCGGCAAAUUCCUAUGGUUACAAAAAUGGUCGUCCUUGUGUGUUUUUAAAAUUAAAUAAAAUAUUUGAUUGGAAUCCUCAGUACUACGAUAAUCCGAAAGAAUUUCCCGAUGAUAUGCCUGUAGAGUUAAGAACUUACAUUAACAGUUUACCAGCAACUGAGUUACAACAAGUUUGGGUUUCUUGCAAUGGCACCAAUGCCCAAGAUCGGGAAAGUCUAGGUGAUAUAAAAUAUUUUCCUGGCCAAGGUUUUCCCGCCUUUUAUUAUCCAUAUAUAAAUCAACCUGGCUAUUUGAGCCCUCUAAUAGCGGUACAAUUUGAAAAGCUACCCGUUAGUCAUAUGGUAAAUGUUGAAUGCCGUGCUUGGGCUAAAAAUAUCAUAUACAGUGGCAGUGCCCGCGAUCGUAUGGGUUCAGUGACUUUUCAACUCUUCAUAGAUUAGAAUUAAAUUCUGUUAUUCUUUAAUCAGCUUAAAAUUUUACGAAAGUGAUGCCAUUAAUAUGUAAUACAUAGAAAACAACAGCAAACAAACAACACAAACACACACAUAUUUUAUUGAAUUAUUCAAAACUUGAAUUUUUCUCUACUUUUUUUACGACAAUUCUUAUGUAAUAAAAAUAAAAAAAUCAGCAUAAACCCCACCAAAAUCAAUCAGUAAAGCAAGCAUACACUAUACAAGCAUGGUUCUCUGUUAAAAACAUUUAAUUAAUUUUGUUUUCCUUUAACUUUACGUUUGUUGUUUACGUUACAAAAGUUUGAUUAUAAUACGCGUGUAUAUAUUAUUAUUUAAAAAAAAAAAAAAAAAAAA